AUGGGCUCCCUAUCGUUACAACGUCUAUACAUCUUGGACACAGACCUAUCAAAUAUUCCCCAGCAGCGAGGCCGUAUACUGUCAUGCUACCCAGAUGGCGGUGACCUACGGACUGUCAUUGGGGACAUGGCCACCAUGCCCGACGGCAUCACCAUUGACCAUGCAAAGGGCCAUAUGUACUGGACCAACAUGGGCCAGACCUUCAAGCAGAACGAUGGCUCCAUCGAGCGUGCAAACCUAGACGGAUCGGACAGGAGGACCAUCGUCCCCUCGGGGACCGUCGGCGUCUUCACACCCAAGCAAAUCACGCUUGCGCCCCAAAGCCGAAAGCUGUACUGGUGCGACAGGGAGGGCAUGAAGGUCAUGAGAUGCAACCUAGACGGCUCCGAUGUCGAAGUCUUGGUGUCGACGGGAUCCACGGCAGAAGACCGCCUGGACCUCCUCAAGUGGUGUGUCGGUAUUACCGUGGACGAGAGCAGGGGCUAUUUCUACUGGACUCAGAAGGGCCACUCCAAGGGCUCCGAGGGCCGCAUCUUCCGUGCCCGGAUAGACGCGCCAUCCGAGGUCGAGGUGGUCUUUGACAAGCUUCCGGAGCCCAUCGACCUGGAGAUCGACGAGGAGACCCAGACGCUCUACUGGACGGAUCGGGGCGACCCGCCGUCGGGCAACUCGGUGAACCGCGCGUUCGUCGGCGCGGAUGCCGACGCCAAGAGCGGCUUCCAGCGCGAGGUCAUCGCGAGGCGCCUGCACGAGACUAUUGGUCUCACGGUCGACAAGGCCAGCGGCGUGGCCUACGUCACCGACCUGUCGGGCGGUGUGUACGCCGUCAACAUUGCGAAGAAGGAGAAGACGGUGCUGUUCCCCGAGCUCGGGGACCUCACCGGGAUUGCAUUGGCAUGA